AUGGGAAUCCUUCUCAAGUGUUUCGGAGGCUCUGCUUCAACAUCUGCGAAACAACCUUCCACCUCAGUAGAAUAUCUCUGCCAUCGCUUUUCUCUCGCCGAGCUUCGAAAAUCCACCAACGACUUCCACGAAAGCCAUUUUCUCGGCCAAGGCCGGCAUGGUCCGGCGUACAGGGGCUCCAUCUCCAUCAACGGCCAACUGAAAGAUAUUGCAGCGAAGCGUCUGGGAACCCGAUCAUCGAUUUCCUCAGACGGUCUCACUCUGUACAAGAACGACGUCGUGUUCAUGUGCCAGCUCCACCACCCGAAUCUGCUGUCUCUGGUUGGGUUCUGCGACGAUAAGAAUGAAAUGAUUGUGGUCUAUGAGCAUGCCCCAAACGGAUCACUCCGGGGUCUACUUGGGAGCAAGUCGCCGACGUUCACGUGGAAGAAGAGGCUGGAAAUCAGCAUCGGAGUGGCGCGUGGGACCCAAGUUUUCAGCGAAGGACAUGAAACCCUCAGGCUGGAAUCGGUCAAGGGCCCUAAGGGAUACAUAGCUCCUGAGUGCUUCGGCGGCAGUAACGUCACGUACAAAUGCGACGUUUAUUCAUUUGGUGUAGUUUUGUUAGAACUCAUUUGCGGAAAGACGUUAUCUCAAAUCAGUGAGCCUGAGGGGCGUCAACUUGAGAAUACUGCAGAUUUUUUCCAAUUCACGUGGAGCGUGGCUGAGAAAGUACGUAAUUUGGCAGGAACAGGAAGAGCUGAGGGAAUUAUUGAUGAGAUUUUGGUGGGACACAUAGCCGCAGAGUGCUCGAAAUUGUACAUGGAAAUUGCAGAGAGUUGCUUGAGCGAGGAUCCUAAUGAGAGGCCAGAUAUGGGAGAUGUUGAAGGUCAACUUGAACGGCUGUUAAAACUGCAAGAGGAAGCAGAUUCUAACAAUGCUUCCUUGUGA